CGCGUCCCGGGGCGGCGGCGCGCGAGCCCUGAACCUUGGGAGCUGGGUGGCGGGAGCGUCCCGUCUUCCCCGGCACCUGCUGCGUGGCCCUUUCCCGGGGCCGGAGGCGCUCGCUCAGGUGCGAGUCCGGGCCGCGCCGCGUCGCCGUCGCCUCGCCCGCUGCCGGGAUGCUCGCCGCGGAGACCCGCCGGACGCGUGCCCACGCAGGUCUCAAGACUCUCUCACAAACCCCAGCCAUCGUCAGCCUGGUGGUCUUGUUCCUGAGCAUCGUGGUGCUUGUGACACUCUCACUCGUCCAGGCCCACCUCUCCCAGGUUAUCCCUCCAGGGCUGAAGUACGGGGUUGUGCUGGAUGCGGGGUCAUCUCGGACCACAGUCUACGUGUACCAGUGGCCAGCAGAAAAGGAGAACAACACAGGGGUGGUCAGCCAGACCUUCGAGUGCAGCGUGAGAGGCCCCGGGAUCUCCAGCUACAGGGAUAACCCCCAGGAUGCCCCUACGGCCUUAGAGGACUGUAUGCAGAGGGUCCAGCAGCAGGUCCCAGCCCCUUUGCAUGGGGCCACCCGUGUCUACCUCGGGGCCACAGCGGGGAUGCGCCUGCUCAGGUUGCAGAAUGAAACAGCAGCUGACGGAGUCCUGAGCAGCAUUCAGAGCUACUUUGAGUCCCAGCCUUUUGACUUCAGGGGUGCGCAGAUCAUUUCCGGGCAAGAGGAAGGGGUAUACGGGUGGAUCACAGCCAACUACAUCAAGGGCAACUUCUUGGAGAAGGACCUGUGGCAUAUGUGGGUGCACCCGCACGGGGCAGACACCACCGGUGCCCUGGACCUGGGUGGCGCCUCCACACAGAUCACCUUCCUGGCGGAGGCUGUGGGGAUACGGAACGCCAGUGACGUGGUGCAGGUGUCGCUGUACGGCUACACGUACACACUCUACACACAUAGCUUCCAGUGCUAUGGCCGCAAUGAGGCUGAGAAGAGGUUCCUGGCAUCGCUGCUGCAGAAUUCUUCGGCUGACACCCGCGUCACCAAUCCCUGCUAUCCUCAGGGUUAUCGUGUCACCGUCCCCAUGGGCCAGGUGUUUGACAGCCUGUGCACUGCCCAGCAGAGACCGGCCAGCUACCAUCCCCUCCGCAGCAUUACUCUAGAAGGGACAGGGGACCCACAGCUGUGCUGGGAGAAGGUGGCCUCCAUAUUUGACUUCAGGGCCUGUCGUGGCCAGGAAGACUGCUCCAUUGAUGGGGUCUACCAGCCAAAGGUCCAAGGGCCAUUUGUGGCUUUUGCUGGCUUCUACUACACGGCCAGAGCACUCAACCUCUCAGGGAGCUUCUCCCUGGCUACCUUCAACGCCAGCACCUGGAGUUUCUGCUCCCGAAGCUGGGCUGAGCUCCCUCUCCUGCUCCCCAAAUUCGAUGAGAUGUACGCCCGGUCCCACUGCUUCUCUGCGAACUACAUCUACCACCUGCUGGUACAUGGGUACAGAUUCACCCGUGAGACUUGGCCCCAAAUCCAUUUUGAGAAAGAAGUGGGCGGCAGCAGCAUCGGCUGGGCGCUCGGCUACAUGCUCAGCCUCACCAACCAGAUCCCGGCCGUCGGCGCGCUGGUCCGCCUGUCCAUCCCGCCCGCCGCCUUCGCGGGCCUGCUCGCCCUCUUCGCGGCCACCGCCCUGCUGAGUGUGGCCUUCCUGGCCUUCCUGUGCGCCUCCUCGGCCAGGCCCGCGAAGCGCUCGGAGCGCGCCCUGGAGCCCGCCGCGGACACCGACUGAGCCCGCCCGCCCGAGGCCCGAG